UUCAUGUUACUGUUCAGCUGUUGCAUAUAAAGUCACAAUGGCGCUGAGUUUGGAAUUAACACAAUACCUUUCAACACUGAAAGAGAGACUGAAUAUUGUUCUGCUGGGGAAGAGUUUUUCCGAAAAUAUAAAAGUGACCAACUCUAUUCUGGGGAAAGAUGUGAGCGACAUUUACUCUGAGUAUUCAAAGAAGCACAGUUUGAAAAUCAUUGAAACAGUGGAGAACAGACACAUCACAGUCAUCAUCUGUCCUCAUCUGCUCCACCCGAAUCUCUCAUACCUUCAUAUUAGACAGAUAGUGAGAGAGCAUGUCUAUCUGUCUGAUCAAGAACCUUAUGUGUUCAUACUCGUAUUGCAGCAUCAUGACUUCAGUGAAGAUGACAGCAUGAAAGUGAAGUCUGUCCUGUAUGCAUUCAGUGAUCAUCAGGCGAUAAAUCACACAAUUGUGGUGACUACCGAUGAUGAAACACACAGCUUCAGUACGUCUGUGAGAUUCAAUGCAUUCAUUUAUCAUUUAACAAAGGAGUGUGGAGGAGGACACCUUCAGUUUAAAGAAAGACAACAUGAUUGGCGCUCCGAGAUUCUGUUUAGAAGGGUGGGUGAGUUACUCACGGAAGAACAUCCCAAAUGUGAAACAUCAGGAACAUCUGCUUAUCAAGCGCUUUGCAUACACGAGAAUUCAGAGAGAUCACAUAAGGAGGAUUUUCAUCAAGAUAAAAAGACGAGAGCUGAAAGAAACAUUCUUACUCAUCCAACACUAACAAAGCUGAAUUUGGUGUUGUGUGGAAAUGAUAGUAUGCUAAAGGCGACUGUGUCAAAUAUUCUACGAGGUAAAAUGGAAAACCCUUUCCAUCAGAGAUACUUCAGUACACUGUGUGUGAAGAAAGAAGAGAAGAUCCAUGGAUAUCAGAUCAGUGUUGUGGAGCUACCAGCUCUGACUCAACUCUCAGAUGAAGAGAGGAGGUGUCAGUCUCUCAGCUGUGUGUCUCUGUGUGAUCCUGGAGUUCAUGCGUUUCUCAUCAUUGUUCCUGACGGUCCACUGAAAGAUGAAGACGAUGAAGAAAUCGAGAUGAUCCAGAAAGCAUUUUACUCCAGGGAGCAUCUCAUGAUGAUUUUCACGACAGAUGUUGCUGCUGACAGAAAUGUGACUGAAUGUCGAAGAUUGAUCAGUACUUAUGGAGGACGAUACAAAAUCUUGGGUUUGAAAGAACCUGAGAAAUUUAACCUAAUAUCAGCAGAACUGUUGAAAUAUAUAAAAGACAUGAAGACUGAACCAUAUUCACUUCAAAUGUAUGUCAGAGCUCAAGAGAACAGAGUGAGCCAUGAAACAGAGAAAGAAUUUAAAGAACAAAUGAUGACGAUGAAAAAUAAGAUCAAACAGUUGGAGGAGAAAAUGCAAGAUCUGGAGUGUCUGAGAAUCACGCUGAUCGGGAGAACUGGAAAUGGAAAGAGCGCAACAGGAAACACAAUACUGGGAGUAAACCGGUUUCUGAGCAAAUUAAGCUCGGAUUCAGUGACGGCUGUUUGUGAGAAAGGAGUUUGUAAAGUUGAUGGUCGUUCAAUAGCUGUUGUUGAUACUCCAGGUCUGUUUGACACAGAAAUGCCAAAUGAACAAGUGAUUGAUGAAAUAGUAAAAUGUGUCUCAAUGUCAGCACCUGGACCUCACGCCUUCAUCAUUGUGUUGAGUCUGGUGAGAUUCACUCGAGAGGAGUCGGCCACUGUAGAUCUGAUCAAGAUGAUCUUUGGUCCUAAAGUUUCACAGUUCAGUAUCGUUCUGUUCACCAGAGGAGAUGAACUUGAGGAAUCUAUAGAAGAUUAUGUGAAGAGCAGUAAAUCUCCUGAAUUUAAGAAACUGAUCAAAGAUUGUGGAGACAGAUUCCUAGUUUUUAAUAACCGAGAAACACAUGACAGAAGUCAAGUUUCUCGACUGUUAAACAUGAUAGAAGAGGUGAAAAGAAUGAAUCAGGGGCAAUAUUUUUCUAACAGCAUGUUUGAGGAGGCCGAGAAGAGGAUUAAUAAGAAAACCGAGAAAAUAAUGCAAGAGAAAGCGGAAGAUAUUCAGGCUCAAAUAGACGAAUUAAAAGCCAAAUAUGAGACUGAAAUAAAAAACAUGGGGGAGAGACUGAAGCAGGAGGAAAGAAGAGCACCAGAAGCACAAGAGAUCAGAAGAAAUGAAACACUGAAGAGAAAAGCAAUGGAGGAGGAAUUUCAAAGAAGAAUCAAAGAAAUGAUCAAGGAACAUGAAGAUGAAGCCAGAAAACAAGCAGAAGAAUCGAACGAGUUCAGUAAGAAUCAUGUUCAAGAGCUCAGAAUAGUGCUGGAAAAACACCAAAAACAACAAGAAAGACAUAAUAAAUUAUUUCACCGCUUUAAAACAGAAGGUGAAGAGAGAAAAAAUAAAAGAUGUGUCAUUCUGUGAAAGACACAAUUAUGCUAAGUAUUUAAGUAAACAUUAUUGCAUAAUAUUUUACACAGUCCCAGAUAUAAAUUUUUGAUUAAAGCAAAGAUCCUAGCAGGUUUAGUAAAUUAGUUAAUAAUCCCAUUUACAAUUCAUUUAAACUUUUUUGACAAGACGUUGUUUAAAUGCUGAAAAUAAAGUUUAAUUGGCUCAAGUUAUUUCAGCUUUAUUUUUUAUACUUUAUAAUGCAAUAAGGAUUUUUGUUUUAAAUGGAAAUUUACUCCAAGAGUAAAUUUUACUAACACCGAUUUAGACGCAUUUGUGAACAAUAUUUGAGUCUUUUGUGUACAUAGAAAAAGUUUUGGAUCUUUAGCUCAUGAAAAAUGGUGGCAAAAACAACAGUGUUGGGUUUAUAAUUUUGUUCAGUGUAUAUGUUCUCCAAUAAAACAAAACUGAACAAUACAACAAGCAAGAUAAUGCGGUAUUAAAAAGAUGAUAAAGCUGU